CUCUCUCGCCACCACCGGAGAGAGAGAGAGAGAGUGACUCAUUCUCAACACUAUUAUUCCCCUCGCGGAAAAACCCAAGUCACAAAAAGCAGCAAAUUAAGAAUCAUUAAAUUCGUUUUAAAAAAAAAAGAUACCCAUCAAUCUGCCCUAACAAUCCUUGAUUUUUCCUUCUUCUCUGAGCGAUGCUCGCAGUUAAUCUUGUCAAGCUCUAAUUUUUGGCAAAUGGGUUUCGGUUUCACACCCUGACCUGUGAAUAUUUAUCCUUCCGUUCUCUUCUUAAUUUUUUUUUAGUUUUUUUUGUGGAAAUGGGUUAAUUACUUGUGUACAGAUCUAUGUGGCUCUAGAUAUUUGGAGGGUUUGUAUUCGGAGAUACUGAAUUUUGAUAUGGGUUUGUUGAAAUUGGAGUGUCUGUAUAUGUAGGUAGAUAUAUCCCCUUUUUUUUGUUGUAGAUUUUUUUUUGUUUUGACAAGAAUUGGAAUAGUUUUUUUUGUCACUGUGUAUUUAUUUAUUACCAACUGUUCUUGGACUACUACCAUAAAGCUUGCUUUUGUCGGGUGUUACCUAGAAUUUUUUUUAGGGUUUCUACAAUCUGCCAUUUAAAAGAGAAUUUUUUUAUUUGGUAAUUUAUUUUUAUCGAAUUGCAAUAGUCGAGGAGUAUUCGAUUUUCGAAGCUCACGGCAGAAGAACUAUGUCAUUUAAGAGUAUGAUACAGGAUAUGAAGGGUGAGUUAGGUAGCAUAUCUAGGAGGGGUUUCGAAGGGAGAUUUGGUUACGGGAUGAAGUCAAGGUCUCAACGUGUAGUCGAGGAUUUUGCAGUGUCGGGUGUAGAUGCUCUUAGGCAGAGUUGCUGGGCGAAUAUGCCACCUGAGCUUUUGAGGGAUGUGCUGAUGAGGAUUGAGGAAUCCGAAUGCGCGUGGCCCCCGCGAAAGAAUGUCGUUUCUUGUGCUGGUGUUUGUAGGAGCUGGAGAGAUACCAUGAAAGAAAUCGUUCGAACCUUGGAGGUUUCCGAGAAGUUGACCUUCCCCAUUUCUCUUAAGCAGCCCGGUCCAAGAAACACUUUAAUCCAAUGUUUCAUAAAGCGGAACCGCGGUAGUCAAACCUAUCACCUGUACCUCAAUUUGAGCCAAGCUUCUAACGAUGAUGGAAAAUUCCUUCUGGCUGCUCGAAGAUGUAGAAGGCCAACUUAUACAGACUACAUAAUAUCCCUAAAGGCUGAUGACGUGUCUAAAGGCAGCAGCAACUACAUCGGAAAAUUGAGGUCUAAUUUUUUAGGGACCAAGUUUACUAUAUACGAUGCACAGCCGCCAAAUAGUGGAGCUAAAGUUACAAAAUCACGUUCGACGAGAAUGGUUGGAAUGAGACAAGUCUCUCCCAAGGUCCCUGCCGGCAACUAUACCGUGGCCCACAUUUCAUAUGAGCUCAAUGUCUUGGGCUCGAGGGGUCCAAGGCGGAUGCAGUGCGUGAUGGAUACAAUACCCGUAUCUGCAGUUGGACCAAAUGGUGUGGCCCCCACUCAAACCCGACUCCUAUCUGGCAACUUAGAUUCCUUCCCUUCGAUCUCCUUUUUCAGAUCAAAGUCAUCUCGUGCGGAUAGUUUGAGAUUAGGAAAUUUGUCGACAGAGAAAGAGGAAAUGCUGGUGUUGAAAAAUAAGGCGCCUAGGUGGCACGAGCAGCUACAGUGCUGGUGCCUCAACUUCAACGGGCGCGUGACGGUUGCUUCGGUCAAGAACUUUCAGCUCGUUGCAUCCGUUGAGAACGAAGGCGGCGGACAAGAGCAGCAGGAGAAUGUGAUUCUGCAAUUCGGGAAAGUGGGAAAAGACGUAUUCACCAUGGAUUAUCAGUAUCCAAUCUCUGCUUUUCAGGCGUUUGCUAUUUGUUUGAGCAGCUUCGAUACCAAGAUUGCUUGCGAAUGAAUGUUGUCUGGAUUAAAAACCAUUUAAAAACUUCGUCUUUUUGAUCUUUUAGAGGUGUUUCUGAACGUAAAUUAUGUUUUGAAAUUCAUGGAAACGGUUAUCGAAAGUUGGCAGAGGAGCUGUGUAGAGUGCCAAUAAUGAAUGCUUUUGGGCAAAACUGCUUAUUUGUGUUUCUUGGUUUGUAUUUUCACUACAUAAUGUAGAUGUGAGCAAAUUGUUUUUUUGUCGAAAGAUCUGUUUGCUAAACCAUUUCUUGAAUUUAUGAUGAA